CGCGGAGUUGCGCCCGCGCCCGGGGCCCCGCGUCCCCGCGCCCCGCGAACUCCGGCGGCGGCUGAGGCGACGGCUGCGCGGCCCGAGCAGCAUGCCGAGGAGGAAGCAGCAGGCCCCCCGGCGCUCGGCAGCUUACGUUCCUGAGGAAGAACUGAAGGCAGCAGAAAUAGAUGAAGAAAACGUGGAGGAGGAUGGGCUGCCUUUGGACGUUCAGGAAAGCGACUUCGUGUGCAAUGAGGAGGCGGAGCUCAAGGAGGCCCCGAGCUACCAGAACUCCCCCAUCAGCACCGCGACUAAUCAGGACGCCGGCUACGGGUCGCCGUUCAGCGAAAGCAGCGACCAGCCAGCCCCUUUCAAGAGCUCUUCCUGCAAGGAAGAGAAAGAGGAGGCCCAGGGCCGGGAGGGCGUCUCCUACCCCCAGGACAGCUUGGCCCAGAUCAAGGCCGUGUAUGCAAACCUCUUCUCGGGGUCCUGCUGGUCCAGCUUGGCUCUGGAUUUGAAGAAGUCCGGCUCGACCACCGGCAACAGCGAUGCCGGCCAGAAGGAGGGCUCCACCCCCGCCGCCACGCCCCCCACCAGUACCGCGGGGGCCACCGGGACCACGGCGAGCACCCCCAGCUCGGGCUCCGGCUCCGGCACCAGCGCCAGCGGCGGCUCCGGGUACGACUGGCACCAGGCCGCCCUGGCCAAGACGCUGCAGCAGACGUCCUCGUACGGGCUGCUGCCCGAGCCCAGCCUCUUCAGCACCGUGCAGCUCUACCGGCAGAACAACAAGCUGUACGGCUCCGUGUUCACGGGCGCCAGCAAGUUCCGCUGCAAAGACUGCAGCGCCGCGUACGACACGCUGGUGGAGCUGACGGUGCACAUGAACGAGAUGGGGCACUACCGCGACAACAACAGGGACAAGGACUCCGAGAAGACCAAGCGGUGGUCCAAGCCCAGGAAGCGCUCCCUGAUGGAGAUGGAGGGCAAGGAGGACGCGCAGAAGGUACUCAAGUGCAUGUACUGCGGCCACUCCUUCGAGUCCCUGCAGGACCUGAGCGUGCACAUGAUCAAGACGAAGCAUUACCAGAAAGUGCCUCUCAAGGAGCCGGUGCCGGCCAUCACCAAGCUGGUCCCUUCCACCAAAAAGCGGGCGCUGCAGGACUUGGCGGCCCCCUGCUCCCCCGAGCCGGCGGGCGUCACGGCCGAAGUGGCGCCGAGCGAGUCAGCCAAGGACCAGAAGUCGGCCAACCCGUACGUGACGCCCAACAACCGCUACGGCUACCAGAACGGGGCCAGCUACACCUGGCAGUUCGAGGCCCGCAAGGCCCAGAUCCUCAAGUGCAUGGAGUGCGGCAGCUCCCACGACACCCUGCAGCAGCUCACCGCCCACAUGAUGGUCACCGGCCACUUCCUGAAAGUGACCACCUCCGCCUCCAAGAAAGGGAAGCAGCUGGUGCUGGACCCCAUGGUGGAGGAGAAGGUCCAGUCCAUUCCCCUGCCCCCCACCACGCACACGCGGCUGCCCGCCGCCCACGCCAAAAAGCAGCCCGACUCUCCCUCGGGGCCCGCGACCUCAGAGGAGAAGAAGGAGCCCGAGAAGGAGAAGGCGCUGCCGGCGGCGUCCGGGGACGCAGACAAGCAGAUCAAGGAGGAGGGUGAGGACGCCGCCGACAAGUUCGAGCCCACCACCCUCUACCAGUACCUCCGCGAGGAGGACCUGGACGACAGCCCCAGGGGCGGGGUGGACAUCCUGAAGUCCCUGGAGAACACGGUCUCCACGGCCAUCAGCAAAGCGCAGAACGGCGCCCCCUCGUGGGGCGGCUACCCCAGCAUCCAUGCCGCCUACCAGCUGCCGGGCACCGUGAAGCCGCUGCCGACCGUGCAGAGCGUGCAGAUGCAGCCGUCCUACGCCAGCAGCGUGAAGCCUCUGUCCUCGGAGCACGGCGCGCUCCUGCACUCCCCGGGGAGCCUCACGCCGCCGCCCCACAAGAGCAACGUGUCGGCCAUGGAGGAGCUGGUGGAGAAGGUCACGGGCAAGGUCAGCGUGAAGAAGGAGGAGAGGCCGGCGGAGAAGGAGAAGGGGUCGCCGGCCAAGGCCGCGUCCCCCGCGGCCAAGGAGAAUAAAGACUUCCCCAGGGCCGAGGACCUGGGCGGCGGCGGCAGGCCCCAGCAGAAGAAGGGCCCCGAAGCCGAAGCGGGGAAGACCAGGAAGGAGGGUGCGGUGGACGCCCACACCCCGAACGGCACAGAGCCCCUCAAGGCCAAAGUCACCAACGGCUGUAACAACCUGGGCAUCAUCACGGACCACUCGCCCGAGCCCUCCUUCAUCAACCCGCUGAGCGCCCUGCAGUCCAUCAUGAACACCCACCUGGGCAAAGUGUCCAGGCCCGUGAGCCCCUCGCUGGACCCGCUGGCCAUGCUCUACAAGAUCAGCACCAGCAUGCUGGACAAGCCGGCCUUCCCCGCCCCGCCCGCCAAGCCGCCCGGCACCCUGGACCGCUACUGCUACGAGAACAGCGACCAGCCCAUCGACCUGACCAAGUCCAAGAGCAAGGCCCUGGCCCCGGGCGCCGCCGACGGCGUGUCCUCGCCGCUCCGGGAGAGCGCGCUCAUGGACAUCUCGGACAUGGUGAAGAACCUCACGGGCCGGCUGACCCCCAAGUCCUCCACGCCUUCCACCGUGUCGGAGAAGUCGGACGCCGACGGCAGCAGCUUCGAGGAGGCAGUGGACGAGCUGUCGCCCGUGCACAAGAGGAAGGGGCGGCAGUCCAACUGGAAUCCGCAGCACCUGCUCAUCCUGCAGGCCCAGUUCGCCUCGAGCCUGCGGGAGACCCCGGAGGGUAAGUACAUCAUGUCGGACCUGGGCCCUCAGGAGCGGGUGCACAUCUCCAAGUUCACCGGGCUCUCCAUGACCACCAUCAGCCACUGGCUGGCCAACGUCAAGUACCAGUUGCGGAGGACAGGGGGGACCAAGUUCCUGAAGAACCUGGACACAGGGCAUCCUGUUUUCUUUUGCAACGAUUGUGCCUCUCAGUUCAGAACUGCUUCCACGUACAUCAGUCAUCUAGAGACACACUUAGGCUUCAGCUUGAAGGAUCUCUCCAAGCUGCCACUGAAUCAGAUUCAAGAACAGCAGAAUGUUUCCAAAGUCCUGGCGAACAAAGCAUUGGGCCCGGUGGGAGCCGCCGAGGACGAUCUGGGCUCCACAUUCCAGUGCAAGCUCUGCAACCGGACUUUCGCGAGCAAGCACGCAGUCAAACUGCACCUUAGUAAGACCCACGGCAAGUCCCCCGAGGACCACCUGAUCUACGUGACGGAGCUGGAGAAACAGUAGCCCUGGGUCCGCGCGCGGGCCCGUGGCACAUUGCACUAAACGUCGUCAUACUGCACUAGGCCUGGCCUGAGCCUCCGAAAUCAGCCUGCCCUUUGUUGCUGACUGCCUGUCUGGACCUUGGUUUUUCUUACACAUAUUUUGUAGUUAUAUUUAUAUGCUCUUCGUCCGAUUGUGCAUGUUCCGUUUCUUUUUCCGUGAGUCAAAGUCUGACCUUUAUUUUCAACAUCUGUUCUCGAUGUUCAGCUCUCUUUUGUAGGAAAUAGUGGGGCACACUACUCAGAGACAUUUACUUAGCAGGAAAGAAAGACACAAAUAACAAUGAGAAAAGACGUCCUAAAAUUACAAAGUUGGCAUGACAAUAAAGGUCAUAGAACCUCCUAGUGUCAAAUUUAACCCUUUGAGGACUGUAAUCGCAUUUCUGUGCCUUUCACUCAAAAAAAAAAAAAAAAGAAAAAAGAAAAAAAAAGGCUUAAAGGCAUUUCAUUCAGAUCAAAAGCUGUGUCAGACACAAAACUUAUUUAAUAAUUAAAAAACGAGCUUUUAUAUGCAGAACUGGUUUGUGAAGGAAGCAUGCAUGCAGCUGUUGGAAAACAGAAAGUUGUCUAGGACUCGGGGUUAGGAAGCCACAACUUCACAUGUUUAAAACAAACAAAACAAAAACUAACAGCAGCGACAACAAACACCCCAGUUGCCACUAUGCCCAAACCCUCUGGAUGCUGAAAAAAUGCCACUUUUGGCAAAAAAAAAAAAAAAAAAAAGUAUGCAAGCUAUUAUUUAAAAAUGUGUAAAAAUGCUAUUUCUUUUUUCUGUAAAAUACUGCAGUUUAUAGUUAUUUACAGAUGUAAGCUUUGGUACAAGCUGACCUUUCUAUAAGCGUGCUGCAUUGGUAAAUGAAAAAAAAAUGGGGCAAAUGUUGGAGUCCUUUCCUUGUAAAUUGCCGGCAUCAGCUUAAAAACUCCUGUAUGUUACAUAUCGUCCCAUUUUAAUCUAUUCAACUUUCUUUGUACCUUCUGGCUGUAUGCUUUCUCUUUUAACUUUUUAUAUUGUCAUUUUAUAUUAAAUUUCUGUGUAUAUAGUGUACAACCACAAUUUUUGAAUAAAAUUUAGUUCCUGCAGCUUGAUUUAAAUAGAGAAAUUUUACUGCAACCUGCAUCUUUCCAGAUGCAUGUAUAUCAGACAAAAAUAAAUAAAUGAAAACAGAGCGAGCGAUGCACUAUUAAUUAUACAUUUUGAUGUUCUAUCAUUAAUAUUGUACAGUACAUUUCGGUUCACACAAUUAAAUCCACUGUUUUCUCAAAUGUAAAAUAAACCCACAUGCAGUUCUUGAUUUACAUAGAUUGUCAUGUCGUCAUUAUUUUGCCUUUGAGAUGUUAUUUCAGCGACGAGAGGUAUGGCUUAUGCAAUCAACCAACAGAAAUCCUGGUCGGAAUCAUCAUUUCAUGAUUUGUGUGCUGACACGCUUCGUUCAAAUGAGCAGUGUUGCAUUUCUUAAGAUGAUAAUUAAAAAGUUUAACCCCGCUGGGUGCCACCGGGUACCUGAGGAUAGCCGUUGAGCGAUGGCUGGCUUGUACAGCGAGGGACUGAGGUGCUUCCUUCGAAGAAUGCUUCCGCACUAUUUGGAAAUGUUUACAGUUAUCCUCUGUGUGCGUCCGGAGCCUUAACGGUGGGGGGCGGUCGAAGGGCAGGUCUUGCUCUAUAGCAGCAGACCCUGGGGGGCUUGGAAUUGGUUCUGCGUUGCUCCAAAGAGGAAAGC